AUGUUUCCUAUCUUCAAGAUAGAUCAAUCAAAAAAGGUUGACGUUGAUGAAAUCAGAGGCAAUAUUACAGAUGAUAAUCUAUCUGUUGAGCUUAUCACUCCUCGAUGGAAAAAUCGACAGGGACAAAUAAGCACAAUAAAAAAAUCUCCACUUUUUCUUUCUGAUCUGACAAAGACAGAGAACGAUGAGAUAAAACCUCAAAAACCUUCACUUGGGCAUGAAGAAAAGAAAGACUCCGCUAAAAACGGCCAUGAAGCUGAUGGAAUUUUAAACAAGAAAGACAAAGUUAAAGUUGAUGAUUCCGAGCUUCUUUUCUUUGGAAACACAAGCAUUCGUAAGAAAAAACGAAGCUUGACCAAUUUCAAAGAGGGAGUAAGAAGCACUGCUACCGAGAAAAAGAGCAAAUGCUGCUUGAUGUGA